UUGACCAAUGCAUUCUCACUAGCAAAAAAUUCCACUCUCUUUUGCAAUGAACGGCGUACAGCAAAAAUCAAAUUUCGUACGCUUCACUGCCGGCCCAGUUAAAUAUUUCAAAAUAAUCGGCAUUUGCCUACAGCCACCGGAAACGCUGCGCAUCAAGUGCUCACGCUUCAUAACAGUGGCUUCUAUUUUUCUAAUGCUGGCACAUCAGAUUGGUUAUUUGCUAACGCCGGGUCGUACUUUCGCCGAACAAUCCGCCGCUGUUGCACUGAUGAACUACACAACUGUUAGUUUCGGAAAGAUACUUUUUCUAAUCUACAAUCGUCACUUGCUACUGAAAAGCCACGGCCAAUUGAAAGCUAUACACCCUAGCGUGGAGCUGGAGCGUCAAUAUAAAUUGGAGCAUCACUUACUUUUUUAUGCGCGCGUGGAGAUUCUACUUUACAGAUUUUUCAAAUAUAUAUUAAUUAUAUAUUUGGUUUAUCCUAUAGUGCAAUCAUUCUACGAUCUGUGGUCUACCGGUGUAUAUACGUACCUAAUGCCAGCGCUUUACUGGUAUCCAGUACGGGUGGAGGAAUCGCUGCUUGUUUAUUUAUUCUAUGUGUCAUUUCAGUCUUUUUCAAGCUAUUGUGCAGGCACGAUUAUAUUAAGCGCCGAUUUAUGCCUAUUUAGUUCGGUUUCACAGCUGUUGUUGCAUCUGGAAUUAAUAGCGCAACGUAUACUUGAACUACAACCAGCUGAAAGCGACAGCCUUGGAGCACUAAAAGUGAUCAUUGAGUAUCAUCAAAGAAUUUUUAUGCUCGCCCAUGAUGUGAAUGCCAUAUUUGCCGCAUCCAUCAUCUUCAGUUUGACCUCUUCAUCGUUUAUCCUGUGCUUUAGCGCCUACCAACUCUUGGGAGAUGUAUCAUUCAUUUUCGCCUUGAAAGUGUUACUUUUGCUUUGUUAUGAAAUGAAGCAAGUCGUUAUCACUUGCUACUACGGCGACAGACUUAUGGAGAGUAGUUUGAACUUAUUUAAUGUUGUUUAUGCGCACAAUUGGCCCGAUGGCUCACCGGCAUACAAGCGACUCGUGUUGAUAAUGAUGAUUCGCACUUACCGGCCCAUUUUUUUGAAUGUCGCUGGCAUAGCAGACGUCACUCUGAUUACACUAAAACAGGUUUUAAGUGCCUCUUAUCAAAUAUUCGCAGUUCUUAAAACAGCGUAG